AUGUCCACUGAGGGGUUAAUUUCGAGUGCUCAUGUCCGAGAAAGCCGCUCGGUAUCGACUGAAACUCCAUCCGUGACAGCGCUCGAGGAAAUAUUGCACAGUGGUCAAACCUCCUGUAAUCAUGUUGAUGAAGUAUGGCCUAAUUUGUUCCUUGGAGACAUGUUUAUGUCCCAUGACAGAUACGGUUUAUGGAAAUUGGGGAUCACCCAUGUUUUGAACGCAGCUCACGGGAAAACCUGCUGUAAGGGGAGCGAUGAUUUUUAUGGGACAACGGUGGACUACUAUGGGGUUCCAGCUAAUGAUUUGCCAACAUUUGACCUGUCACCCUAUUUCUUUCCUGCCGCAGAGUAUAUUCACAAAGUUCUCAGCUCUCCUGGAGCCAGAAUAUUUGUGCACUGUGCCGUUGGGGUUAGCAGAUCGGCCGCCCUCGUGCUGGCCUACCUCAUGAUCUAUCACCAUUUGUCCCUGGUGGACGCCAUCCGAAAAGUUAAGGAGAACCGGUGGAUCUUCCCGAACAGAGGAUUCCUGAAACAGCUGAGGGCACUGGACAUAAAUUUACAGAGAGAAAGACAGCCUGAAAGCAAUGAGCAAACAACCUGACAAAGCAGCAUCAUUCACCUGGGAUGCAUACCACGUUUCAGUAGCGUUACUGAUAAGCUGCAGCUGUACCCUUGUGCCCAGUUAUUGCCUAGUGUCUUUGUUCGUAUCUACCCAG